GUGUCACCGUAAGGAUCAGACCUGGUUGCCCCACCUCAAAAUCCUGAACAUUCACAGUACAGUACAGAUACUGAACUGAUGUUGGAUAGAGCCGUUUUACAUGAUAUGAAGUUAUACAGCCUGUUGUGCGUCGCUCUUCUCCUGGGGAUCGUCCAAGGAGAGGCCCUGAACCAUUUUAUUCGUCACUACGAGCCUCUCACCUACGACAGCGAGUCGUUGCUAUGGAACCAUCACAGAGUGAGACGCAGUAUGCUGGGGGAGAGGUCUCUAGAACUACAGUUCACUGCCUUUGGAAGGGACUUCAACCUGCUGUUGAAACCUGAGACCCGUUUCUUUCACAAGAACUUCACCCUAACCAUUGACGGACAGAAAUCAAGCAGUCAAUUGGCCAAAAUCCAUCUGUACAGCGGCGUUGAUCAAAAUGACCCUUCUGUUCGUGUCCAUGGCAACCUGGCUCAUGAGGUGUUUGACGGAACGAUUAUUGCCGAUGAGGAGAUGUACCAUAUUGAACCCUCGCGCAGAUAUCUUCGAGAUGCAAGUCACCACAGUGUCAUAUAUCGGCACUCCGAUCUCGACCUCUCCACUGUUGCCGGGGCAUCCUGUGGCUCCUCCCAGGAAUCCAUACGCAAGGAGCUUCUACAAUUGCAAGACUCUGUCAUCCGUAGUGCUGAGUCAGCAAGACUUCGGAAACGCCAGGCAGGGUUCGAUUCCACUCUGGUUAGAUGUUGGCUGUAUGCGAUUGCUGAUAAUAAAUUUGUGACUGCUUUGCAAACAGCUGGAGACAAUCCACUGGGCGUGAUGUCAACUAUUAUAUUGACGGGUAGCAGAAUAUUUGAGAGUACCGACUUUAACAGUGACGGGUUGGCUGACGGCAUUCAUUUUGGUAUUCUUGGUAUGGAGGUCGAGAAUACUCCUCCUGCUAGUGGCACUUUCUUUGCGAACCAGUUUAUUGGUGUACAAGCGUUUCUCAACCAGCACUCGAUAGCUGAUUGGUCACAGUAUUGUCUGAGUUAUCGGUUCACUAGUCGUGAUUUCGAUGAUGGUGUUGUAGGAUUGGCGUACGUGGCAGCACAGCCUGGAGUCAAUGCAGCAGGUGGUAUCUGUGAGAACAUUCAGACGUUUGCUGGAGGUGUGGCCCAGACCCUCAAUACUGGGAUUGUGACCAUCUUAAACUACAACACUCGCAUCCCUUCCCCCAUGUCUGCUCUCACCUUCGCUCACGAGGCAGGACACAAUUUUGGCUCAAACCAUGACCCCCGUGCGGACCCCCCUAACCCUGACGGUGUAUACAUAAUGGACGCCUUCUCCUCAGACGGGAGUCAACCCAACAACGAUAAGUUCUCUCCACGCAGUCGAGGCGAGAUGUUGACAGUCAUUCAAGAUCGUGGCCAGAGCUCCAGUGACGGUUGCUUUGUUCCAGCAGACAGUCUGUGUGGUAACAAUCUCCUGGAUGAGGCGGAGGGGGAACAAUGUGAUUGUGGUCCCCUAGUGGAUAGUAACGGUAUCUGUACCAACAACCCGUGUUGUAAUGGCACUUCUUGUCUACUGAAUGGGAACGCUGAUUGUAGCCCCCAGCAAGGACCCUGCUGCAAUACAUCCACGUGUAUGUUCAUAGAGGCGGCUGCUAACAUGAUGUGCUCCAUGGAAACAGACUGUGCAGCUUCUCAGACAUGUGGUGGGAUGAACGCAUCAUGUCCUGCCCCCGACCCCCGUGCCAAUGAAACCGGCCUCAGCUACCGACUGUGUAUGAAUGGAGAGGCCAUCUGUGACAAUGGAUUCUGUACAGGGACGUACUGUGUUGCCCUGGGGCUCCCUGACUGUGAGUGCAGUGCUGCAGACCAAGCGUGUCAUGUCUGUUGCCGUCUCCCCGGUGCUAAUUGCACCUCGACACUCGAUAUAGCGGCAGAAAAUAUUCAAGGCCUCGCCUCUGCCCUCCCGGGAGGAAUGGGCGCUAAUAAACAAGUGGGCUUCCCCUGUGUCAAUUUCACCGGAUACUGCGAUUUCUUUAAUACCUGUAUGAUAGUGAACGAGGAUGGUGCCCUCAAUCAACUCACAAACCUCAUCUUCAACUCUGCCGAGUUUGUACUCAUCAUUCGCUGGAUAUCAACGAUGUGGUGGGCGGUUGUUAUCAUCGUCAUCGCAUUGAUCAUCAUCAUGUUUAUUAUCGUCAUGCUCUUUCAUUUCUGUCUUCCUCGGCCGGAGAAGCUGAGAGAGAAACGAAGAAGGGAACGUCAAAAUGAACAUGUACAAAUGGAAAAUAUACAUCGCGGUGGAUACUAACAAGCCGACCGUUUUACAAAAGUUUUCCGACACUAUUAAUUAAUAUUGAGUAGAAAAACUCUCUCAUUUUAGCUGCUAAUUCCAUGAAACAUCUACAAUAAUUAUUGUAGGCUUUUAUUGCUCAACGUGUCUAUUAAAUAAUUAUUAGUACAUGUAUAUAAUUUAUUGUACAUGCAAUACAUUAAUUUUGUGAAAAUAAUUUUUAGUGCACUGAA